AUGAACACGACUUUCCACAGCGAUUUCUUCGAAGGCGACGUGCGCGUCGUCGUGGGACCCAAUCACAACACCACCACCAGCGUAACUGCCGAACAAGCUGUUCCCGCAUACCUCGACUCGGGUCCCGAUGUCUGCCUCUCCUGCUACCUCUACCUCACCUUCUCCUUCCUGGACGAGGCCACAGCGAGUCAGAUCGGCAGCGAGUGCACGGAGACGGACAACGAGAAGCUGCGCGGGUAUAUCUGCUCCACGGACGAGGGUGCGGAUGUGACGGUGGCGCAGGCGUUUGGGAGUCCGCCGGUGGUGAAUGGCGGCGGGACGUCGGUGGGGUUUCUCUAUACGGAGAUGUUUGUGCGCCAGCCGGCUGGCUCCACCAUGCGCCUCCCGUCGAUUCCCGUGGAUCCCCUGGCCAUGAAGGGAAUUGGGUAUAUCAUGGUGCCAUCCAAGGGGCCCACUCCUCUCCCUGGAACAUUUGACGCCAUGCCCUUCAUUGCAGGCAACAACAGCAAGGCUGUUGGCAUUGGUCUAGUGUUUCCAAUCACCCUAAUCACUCAGGCAUCUCUUGCAACUACCCCGUUUAGCAGUAACACAAAGCAGCCAGCCACGUCCACGGCCUUUCCUGCCCUCUCCAUGAGUGCUCCUGCCAACCAGUCGCUCACUGUCAAUGCCACCGUCGUCCCCCCUGCUGCCUCCGCUGCUGCUGCAUCCCCAUACAACAUCACGUUCUCCAUCGGCAAGGAUGCAUUUUUGAGACCAAAGGCAUCUUGGAUGAUGAUGAUGAUCGCCCUGCUCGUCCUGCUGGCUGUCCUGUAG